AGCGGCAGCAGCGACCACAGCGGGAGAAGCAGCACUCUAGCCGCCUGCAACCCCAACCUGGGAAGAAGAUGCUAAUUAAAGUGAAGACGCUGACUGGGAAGGAGAUUGAGAUAGACAUCGAACCCACAGACAAGGUGGAGCGAAUCAAGGAGCGUGUGGAAGAAAAAGAAGGGAUUCCCCCCCAGCAGCAGCGGCUCAUCUACAGUGGCAAGCAAAUGAAUGAUGAGAAGACAGCAGCUGAUUACAAGAUUCUAGGUGGUUCCGUCCUCCACCUGGUGUUGGCUCUUAGAGGAGGAGGUGGUCUUGGGCAGUGAAGAAACUUGGUUCCGUUUACCUCCUUGCCCUGCCAAUCAUAAUGUGGCAUCACAUAUCCUCUCACUCUCUGGGACACCAGAGCCACUGCCCCCUCUCUUGGAUGCCCAAUCUUGUGUGUCUACUGGUGGGAGAAUGUGAGGACCCCAGGGUGCAGUGUUCCUGGCCCAGAUGGCCCCUGCUGGCUAUUGGGUUUUAGUUUGCAGUCAUGUGUGCUUCCCUGUCUUAUGGCUGUAUCCUUGGUUAUCAAUAAAAUAUUUCCUGGCCA